AUGGUCACGAACAACUGUUACCGGGUUCUUAGCAGUCUGCGAAAGAAGAACCUCCCUCGCUUCUGCUGGAUCGAUGCAUGUUGCAUAGACCAGGCAUCCAUGGACGAACGCAGUCUUCAGGUUGGCAUGAUGGGCGAUGUGUAUAGCAUGGCUACGCGGACGAUUGUGUGGCUUGGUGAUGCUGAUCUUGAUUCCAAGCAUGAUGACGCUGGCGCAAUACGAUUCAUCAAAGAAUUCGCGCACGGCUCUACACAAGUGGAAGAAAAGAAGCAAUAUAUCAAGGCGUUUAUGGAUAAACCGUGGUUCCAUCGUGUCUGGACGGUCCAAGAGUUUGCACUUUCCAAAAAAUGCCUGAUUAUGUGCGGCAAAACCUGGCUGGAGGCGCAGGACCUGAUGAAGUUUCUCGAUUACAAACAAAACAAGAACCAAGUCCUUAGCAAGUUUCACAGGGUGCGGCUUCAUCAGCAGAUGUGGAAUCUGCCGUCCUGGGUUCCUGACUGGUCAAACAACAACUUCAUCACCGAGAUAGCUUCCUGGGACACAGCAUCCGCUGCGGGAAAGACCCCAGCAUGGUACACCAUUUCGGAUGAUUGCAAAUCUCUUACACUCAAAGGCACCAUCAUUGACGAAAUAACCUUUUCAUCUCAUGCUUACCCAGCAGUACGCGACCUCGAACAUGCCGCGGACCAAGACGUGCGAAACUCUGCACGGCGGAAAGAGGUCGCAGUGCUGAAAACCUGGUUCGCCGCUUUCGAAGAGAUCCACGGAGUGAACAUGGACGCAUUCUUCUCCAAGUUGGCCAAGGAAGCCUGGAAUCAGACACGCCAACGGGGCGACGUAGGCACCGAUGUCCUGGCCCAUUGGUGGAUCAAAGUAAUCAAAUGCGUUGGACUCGACGCCAGCGCCGUCAAGACUAUCCCCAACCACAUGCUUAAGAUUCUCCUGGGUAGCGGCCUCGACUGGCCAACCAGAAACGGGAUCAGAUCGGCAAUGGUUCCUUUUCACAAGAUGAUGAGGGAACUGCUCGAUCGCAAGAAAAUGUUCAAAAGUCCUCAAGGAAGGCUUGGCAUGGGCUGUCAGUCGCUCCGGAGUGGCGAUAAGAUUGCCCUAUUCAGUGGCUGCAAUUUGCCGAUGGUUAUUAGUGAGGCGAAAGAUGGAGAUGCGUGGCGCUUCAUAUGUCCUGUUUAUUUCGAGGGCGCAAUGCAUAAUUCCAAAGCUUGGAGUUCGGCAAAGUCAUACGACAAGUUCACAUUCAUUUAA